CCGCUCCAGAACCAUCUUGCAAUGUUAAGUCGAGGAUCAGCGUCGAAUCGGACAUAAUCCAGUAACCAUGUCCCACCACACAAUACUCCGUAGCCAGGUCGCCAGUCGGCUGGACAAUCCGCGGCCGUUUACAGCCUGCAAGCCGUGCAGGCUUCGUCCUGGCCGUGGUCUGGUGGUCUUGGCGCAUGGAAGCUCGGGUUUUCAACGCAAGCAAUGCGCUGCCAUCCCUGACUGCAACAAAGGACAUGUGUCAAAACGCCAGCUACUGGCCGGUCUGGGUGUUGGCGUCCUGCUGAGCGCACCCCAAGUCGCACUUGCAGCGGACAGUAGUCCGGCCCCCGUGGGUCCGCCGGAAGGCGUCGCGUCUCUCAUCAGUACGGCAGACGUGGAGCGGCUGACGUCGCAGGAGAAGCUGGUGCUCAGCUUGAACCGCCGCAUCCAGACUCAGAACCGCGUGCCCGGGGAGUUCCCCGGCUUCAUCCGGGAGGGGUUCGACGUGAAGGUGGUGGGGGAUGGCUUCAAGAUCGCACCUACGGGCCUCAUCUACAAGGACUAUGAGGAGGGGCAAGGCGCGCUGCCAACUGACGGCCAGGAGGUGGUUUUCAACUACACGGGCUACAACGAGUCAGGGAGCAUCAUUGACACCUCCUUUCGGCAAGGCAGGCCUGCGCAGACGCGCUUGGGAGUGGGCGGCAUGAUCCCAGGUUUCGAGGAGGGCAUUCGUACGAUGAAGCCUGGUGGCAAGCGCAGAAUUGUCGUGCCACCUGCCCUCGGGCCCCCUGUGGGUCCAUCCACCUUCUUCAGCGCUAAGCAAUGCGAGGUAUUUGACGUGGAGCUUCUAGCAGUUCGCACUUGCGCGCGCCGACAAGUCAUGAUGUUCUCAGACCUUGUCUGCGAGUAAAUCCCCGGGGCUGCCUCACAAGAGAAUACACAGCUCACCGCAAACACCACAGCGUGUCCGCGACUGAACGGCACCCGGGGAAACAACGACGUCUAAACGAGCAUCAUCUAUCAUGCUGGACACGCCUGUAACACGCUCGAGCAUUCCACAUCGCUCGCUGCUUCCCUCGCCUCGGCUAAGGAGCGCUCCAAAUAAACAACAACAACUGUACUAAUCAGUCAUGUAUGAUAUAGGAAAGACAUGUUGGCUGAGUGCAACUAGUGCAAGCCGUGUCUCUAUGUCAGGUCCAAUUUGUUGGUCAAUGUCAAGUCCAACGGAACAUAACGAGGCUGUUUCCCCAUAAAACAUCUUAAUGAUGCAGAUGAAGUACAAGCACAACAGCCAAAGUAGUCAAGUCGCCAGAAGUAUCCGAAAAUCGCUCCUCUACUCUGCCGCAGCCUCAGCCUCGGCCUCUCCAGCGCCAGCCUCCGCAGCAGGAGCCUUGCCCUUGGCCUUCAUGUAAUCUUCAAGUUCUUUGUCCAGGUAGGUCCUGCCGUGCUCCGGGUCCCUUAGCAUAUAGCCCUCCAGCUCGGCAUCGAGCUCAGCCUGGGACUUAGGCUUCCCGCCCUCGCGAGGGCCCCGGCCCCGACCGCCCCUGCCGCCACGACGGCCUGGAGCACCAUUACCGCGGCCGCGAGGAGCUGGGCCGCGGCCUCCUCUCCCGCCUUGCGGUCGUUGCUGUUGGCCGCCCUUUUGCACUCCCGCUUUAGGUCCGCUGCCGCCCCUGCCACCGCUGACUGCAAGCCGGUUGUUGCCCUGAGGGCCCCU